GAAGGAAGUCACUGUGUUUAUGCGUGAAGUUUUGAGUGCAGCUUGUCCCUUGGCGCUCGUGAACACUUUUUACAGAAGUGAAAGGUUUAUCAUGUUAUUAAAGGCAGUAAGAAACCUCGUGGAGCGUCACGGAGACUCGAGAGAGUCGAUUUGAAACGAUUACACGCAAACAUUCCUUUUAAUAACGGCGGAAAUGACGGUGUUUCUCCAGCUCGAGACGGCGGUGCUGCUGCUGCUGCUGUGUGGGGUGGGAGAGUGCGCGAGACACGCGCUCCUCAUCAUCGCCGACGACGCGGGGUUCGAGACGGAGGUCUACAACAACACGGUGGUGCGAACUCCUCACCUGAAGGCUCUGGCUGGACGCGGCGUGGUUUUCCGGAACGCCUUCACCUCGGUCAGCAGCUGCUCGCCCAGUCGCUCCACCAUCCUCACCGGCUUACCGCAGCACCAGAACGGGAUGUACGGCCUCCACCAGGGUGUGCACCACUUUAACUCCUUCGACGGAGUGCAGAGUCUCCCGCUGUUACUGAAACAGUCCAACGUCCGCACCGGCAUCAUCGGGAAGAAGCACGUGGGUCCGGGCGCCGUGUUUCCCUUCGACUUCGCCUACACGGAGGAGAACGGCUCGGUCCUGCAGGUGGGACGCAACAUCACCCGGAUCAAGCUGCUGGUCCGGAAGUUUCUACAGGAGCACAGGCAGGAGGAGAGGAGCGGGGGGGAGACUCGGCCCUUCUUCCUGUAUGUAGCGUUUCACGACCCGCACCGCUGUGGUCACUCACAGCCUCAGUACGGCUCCUUCUGUGAGAAGUUCGGGAACGGAGAGAGCGGCAUGGGGAGAAUUCCCGACUGGAAGCCGCAGCACUACACACCUGAGCAGGUGAAGGUGCCGUAUUUCAUCCCGGACACUCCGGCUGCUCGGGCCGACCUGGCGGCUCAGUACACCACGGUCAGCAGACUGGACCAGGGUAUUGGUCUGGUCUUGCAGGAGUUGCGGGACGCCGGCUUUGGGAACGACACGCUGGUGAUGUACAGCUCCGAUAACGGGAUCCCCUUUCCAAACGGACGAACCAACCUGUAUGACUCGGGCGUGGCCGAACCCAUGAUCAUCUCCUCACCUGAACACCGGGAGCGCUGGGGACAGACGAGUGACGCCUACGUCAGCCUGCUUGAUGUCACUCCCACUCUGCUGGACUGGUUCUCGGUACCGUAUCCUCCCUACAGCCUGACCCGCGGGUCUCUGGUCCACCUGACGGGUCGCUCCCUGCUCCCUGCGCUGUCCUCGGAGCCCGUGUGGGACACGGCGUUCGGCAGUCAGAGUCUGCACGAGGCCACCAUGUACUACCCCAUGCGCUCGGUGAGGCGCGGCCGCUACGUCCUGCUGCACAACCUGAACUACCGCUCGCCCUUCCCCAUCGACCAGGACCUCUACGUCUCGCCCACCUUCCAAGACCUGCUGCAGAGGACGCAGGCGGGCACGCCCACCCACUGGUUCAAGACACUGAGGCAGUACUACUACAGGGAGCGCUGGGAGAUGUUCGACACGCACUCUGACCCGGCCGAACAGACCAACCUGGCCUCGGACCCGCGUUACACAGCCGUGCUGGAGCUCCUGAAGGAGCAGCUGCUGAAGUGGCAGUGGGAGACAGAGGAUCCGUGGGUCUGCGCUCCGGACGCCGUGCUCGAGGACAAGAUGGAGCCCAAGUGCAGGCCUCUGUACAACGAGCUGUGAGGGAGCAUCACCUUAAUGACUCAAGACUCACAGAUCACUUCAAGAACACAACCUCUUGUUUUUCACUUAUUUUUAUUUUAUUAUUUUCUUUAAAGCACAUGGUUUAAAAUAAUUGACCUAUUAAGAAUUUUUUAUAUAAUAAAUAUUUUUGAUGUACA